AGUUCUGAAUUUCCGCGCUGUCCUGAAGGAGCCGACUUUCAACAAGUGACCGGCGAACGCAAUGUCAGGGACGUGCUGCGUCAUGAGUGGGCGGUAGUGUUUCAUAUAAAUGUCACCUCCCUGAAACUCCAUUGAGGGGGUUGGAAAGUUUAUGGGAGGUGUCUGAAGGAGAAGAGGAGGCUGACUUGAGGGUUCCAGUAAAAUAUUUCUGCAUUUUUCCCUCCCUUCCGUGGAGAGUAGUUUAUAAAUAAUGGAUGCGUUAAAGUCGGCGGGACGAGCGAUCAUAAGAAGUCCCAGCAUCGCAAAGCAAAGUUGGGGAAGUAGCAAACACAAAAAGUUACCAGAAAACUGGACAGAUACAAGAGAGUCACUACAGGAAGGAAUGAUAUUUAAUCUCAAGUAUUUGGGUAUGACGCUAGUGGAACAACCAAAGGGGGAAGAUAUGUCGUCUGCUGCUGUUCGAAGGAUUGUUGCUAUGGCCAAAGCAAGUGGGAAAAAAUUUCAGAAAGUCUCACUGACUGUGUCGCCGAGAGGAAUCAUACUGCAUGAUGGAACAAAUAAUGAACUAAUAGAGAACGUCUCCAUUUACAGGAUAUCUUAUUGUACAGCAGACAAAGUACAUGAUAAAGUUUUUGCCUACAUUGCUCAGAGCCAGCUAAAUGAGACUUUGGAAUGCCACGCCUUCUUGUGUACAAAGAGAAAAUUGGCUCAAGCAGUAACACUAACAGUAGCUCAGGCUUUCAAAGUAGCUUUUGAAUUCUGGCAAGCUGCCAAAGAAGAGAAAGUGAAAAGGGCUGCAGUUGGACCAUCAAACAGUGGUGCCACUGGCAAAUUGCAAUCAGAAGGCCCCGCCAAUAGCCAUCUCCAACCAGAAGUAGCUACAGCAAAUUUGUUGGAUUUGACUGAAGGAGCAAUAUCAUUAUCAACAAACAAUAGACAUGAUCCUUCUCUUGGAGAUGCAACUUGUUCAGUAAACAACAACGUUAUGUGGGAACUAAAUGAUGACCUGGAUGAAGCUUUUGCAAGACUGGCUCAAUCUCGAACAAACCCUCAGCUCCUGGACAUUGGUGUGAGCCCUCAGGAUAUGCAGGCAGAAGAAUGCCUUUCUCCUACAGACUGGGAAAAAAGUGAUCCUGGAGUUACAGAUAAAGAUGAUUUGUUUGGGUUCUGAUAAUUUGAGAGCCAAAGAGAAUAGACCACUUACCUACAAAGGAGGAAUUAACCACUGGAUGAAACCUAGCUUGGCACCUUCUGCUCUCAUGAUGCAAUGGUUCAGGAAUGAAACUUUUUGAUUUGAAUGGCUAUGUUGUAGGAUGACUGAAUUUGCUGUUCCAGUGUUGCCUUUUGAAGAGGUCCAGACUAGAGUAAAUAGCCCUGACAUAAAAUCCAUCAAAUUAUUUUUGCUUCUAGACCCAACAAAGAGUGUAUAGUCUUGCCUUAGACUGUCAGUUAGGCAAUGAGCUGCCUGUUCAUUUGGACUGAGGCUGUUACUAGAAAUAAGUCCUGAAAGUACUACAAGUUUAUGACUAUAUAUUAGACUUGUGUUAAAUAUCACAAAAUGCCUUUUUAAUUUUAAAGAAAAUUGCUCUUUCCCAACUGAACAAGCUGCUUAUUGUCUCUUCUUUGUCUGCUGUUGUUACCCUAACAAUUUAAGGGGCCUGUUUUCCACUUGCUAUGUGACAGCAUCGAUUGCAUACCCUCAAUUGUUGUUUGGUAGACUUGAAGUUUGCAACUUUACAUGUAAGCUUUUGUUACAUUAACUAUGGGAAUGUGCAUAAACCGUAUAUAGUCUCUGCAUUUAUUGUAUUACAAAGUACUACUAUAAUGAAUGUUAAUGUAUUUUUAAAUCCAUCUCACUUACACUCUUCCAUUGCCUUAGUUUCAUGUUUAAAAAGAUUUACAGUUCAAUUCAAUACAGCACAGGAACAGAUCCUUCGGCUCACCAAGCUUGCACCAAUUCCCUAUCCUUAUUUAGACUCUCUACUUAUUGCCCAUUAUGUGGUUUCUAUUGCUGUUUGCCCCCCUCUAAAAUAUUGAGAUAUGUCUUAAGUGUUGUAAAUGUGUCUGUUUCCACUGGCAGUGCAUUCCAGGCACCCACCACACUGUGACAACUUAUCCCUGCACUUCUCCCCUAAACUCCUCUCCCCCACCCUAAACAUGUGCUCUUUUUUGUAGUUGACCUUUCCACCCCGGGAACAAGCCUCUGACUACCACCCUGUAUAUCUAUGCCUGGCAUAAUUUUGCAGACCUCCAUCGGGUCACGUUUCAGCUGCUGUCUUUCCAAUGAAAACAGUCCAAGUUUAUCCAACCUGUCCUCACAACUACAAUCGUCCAAACCAGGCAAUAUCCUGGUAAAUCUUCUCUUACACCCUCAAGCAUCCAUUUCCGUCUCUGUGUCGUGACCAGAGCUGCGUGCAGUACUCCAAAUGUGGCCUCACUAACUUUGUACAGCUGUAAUGUAACUUGGCAACUUUUAUAUUCAAUGCCCGGCUGAUGAAGGAAAGCAUGUUGUAUGCUUUCCUGACCACCUCUUCCAUCUGUGCUGCUGCUUUCAGGGAUCUGUACGCCCAGAUAGCUCUUUGUUGUGUUCCUAAGAGUGCUGCCAUUUAUUAUUUAUUUGAUCUUCCAAAAUGUAUCUCCUUGCAUUUGUCUGGAUUAAACUCCAUCUGCCAUAUCUCUGCCCAAAUCUACAAUCUUUAUCCCUUUGGCAAUCCUCCUCACUAUGUGCAACUCUGACAAUAUUGGUGUCAUCCGUAAACUUACUUAUCAGACCUCCUACAUUUUCAUCCAGAUCACUUAUACACAUCACCGCAAACAAAAGUUCCCAGCACUGAUCCCUGUGGAACAUUACCCUUCCAUUGGUACUUUAUUCUUUCCAUCUAGCUAGCUCAUCCCAGAUCCUGUGAGACUCUACCUUCUAUACCAGCCUGCCAUGAGGUGUCUUAUCAAAUGCCUUACUAAAAUCCAUGUAAACAACAUCCACUGCCCUUUCUCAUCAAUCAUCCUUACCAUCCCCUCAAAAAAAUCAAUCAAAUUGAUUAGAUGCUAUCUUUCUGCACAAAUGCAUGCUGCCUGUCAUGAAUAAGUCCAGUCCCUUCCAAUUGUGCAUAAAUCCUGUCUCUCAGUAUCUUCCCCAACAGCUUCCCCACCAUUAACAUUAGGCUCACUGACCCCCUACUGUUUCUGAUCUUAAAUGAACAACAUUGGCCAUUCUCCAGUCCUCUGGAACCUUCCCUGAUGCCAAAGAGGAUGCAAAUAUAUCUGUUAAGGCCCCAGCUGUUUCUUCCCUUGCUUCCCACAGUAUGCUGGGAUAGAUCCCAUCUGACCCUGGAGCCUUGUCUGCCUCAAUGUAUUUAACACUUCCUCCUUUUGUUUGUUUUCCUGCCCAAUAGUAUUUACACACCAUUCCCUAACCUCAACUUCCCUCACAUCCCUGUCUUCAGUGAAUACUGACUUAAAAUACUCAUUAAGGAUCUCGCCCAUUUCCUAUGGCUCCAUACAUAACCUCCCUCCUUUUUUAUCCAAGAGUGAGCCUACUCUUUCCUUAGCUACCCUAUUGCACCUAAUGUAUGUGUAAAAUGCUUUCGGAAUCCCCUAACUCUGCUUGCCAAGGAUAUUUCAUAGCCUCUUUAGACCUCCUAACUCCCCAGUUUGAGCUCCUGCCUACUUUUUCUAUAUCCUUCAAGGACUCUGUCUGUCUGUUUUUGGUUAUCUAGACCUUUUGUCAAAACAAAAGGAAGCAUAACUAAACUGAUAAUUUCCCCUGUUAUUCAAGGUUCUUGAAUCCUACCAUUCCUGUCCUUCAUUUUCAUAGGAACCUGCUUAUCCUGCACUCUGAUCAACUGACCUUUUAAAAGACUUCCACAUUCUCCAAUUCUUGCCUUCAGUUACAGUUGGCCUUCUCCCAUUUUAACCGCUUCAUCUGCGGUCCACUCUUGUCCUUACCCAUAAGUAUCUGAAAACUUCAGGAAUUAUGGUCUGUAUUUCCAAAUGCUUCCCCACUGAGACUUUGGUCACGAAGUGACCAAUAGCAGGUCCAAUAUGAUCCCUGCUCCCUCAUUGGACUAUCUACAUCCUAUUUCAAAAAUUCUCCUGGAGCUUUCUGAAGUUUGUUUUCACAUUUCAAAACUUUGGAAAACAUAACUCCCUCCACAUUUUUUAAUGGGAUAAAUAGAACCUAUGUUUUCACUUUAAAUUUUAAGUGGUCCGAUUCAAAAGCUUCAGUUUGCAUCCAGUGGAUGCAUUUGUGGUAGAUACUUGUAUAAAACAUGAGCAAACAAUAGUGACAUCAAGUCUAUUUGUAAUAUGAUGUACCCCUGUUAAUCAUGUGGGAAAUCUGUUGCACAUACUUUUUUUUUAAUGGACUGAAAAGGAGUACAAGAUAUUACAUGCAAAAGUAUGUAAAAAUCAAUUUUAAAUUUACAAGCAGUUUUGUAGCACUGUUUCAUUUUAAGAAUAGUUGGCACACAUCCUGUAGUAUGUAAAACAGCAUAAGUAACCUACUCUCAUCUCACCCUAAUGGUCAAAAAAGACAGCUAAAAAUCCCCGACAAAUUAACAUUGCUGUUAGGCUCUUAACAGAGAAAGGAAUGAAAUGAUGCUCUGCAUUUGCUCUCCUUUACUCGAUGUUUCUCAUUAUUGAUCAGAGCCUAAAAUUGCUGGGAUAAUGUUACUUCGCAUUUUCUCCUCAUCCAAUUCUACCAAUGGGGACUAGACCAUUUUAAAGCGACAAAAAUGGUCACAAUUAUAGUUCAAUCCAAGCUGCUUUUUUAUGUAGAAUGAUUCCCAUUUAACAAUCUGGCAUUCUAUUACUAUAGUAAGCCUAUUAUUUUACAUGACAUCUACUGGAGUUUUUAAUGAUGCACAAUGUGGUACUCAAUUGUAUAUUUCUUAAUGGAAAGAUUUUUAUAGAUUCUAACAGAAUGGGUUGAGACUUGUUAUUCUGGAAUGUUUGGAUUUGGAAUUUGAGUAAACUCCAGUGUGACAAAUUCACACUGCAAGAUCAAGUGUUCACAAUAUCUAGUAGAGAACUUGUGCUUUUUAAUGAUGGUAAUAUUGUUGGCACUUUUUGACAAAUGUAUAAUAAAGGCACUACUGUUAAAAUGGAGAAGCUGUCAUAACUCU